GGCCGCUAGAUUAAUCUCUACUGUGCGGACGCGUAACAUCAUAGCCGAUCCUUCUUAACUCGCUAGCCAUCUCCUUGUGUGAAAUGUUUUCAGUGCAGACGAAAACAAUUCCCGCCUCUCGAAACCCUUAAUUUUGACUGAUCAGAGAAUUUCUCCGAUGGACUCUGGAGAGAGCAGCGAAGAAAGUCCGGCACAAGCUAAGAAAGGAAAAUCGAAAACUCCUCGGAAACCUAAAGCAAGUGUUCUCAAGCAGAAAUCUCCGGCAGAGUUCUUUGCUGAGAACAAGAACAUUGCUGGAUUCGACAAUCCUGGGAAAUCUCUUUACACCACUGUGAGAGAGCUUGUUGAAAAUGCACUUGAUUCUGCAGAGUCCAUUGCCGAGCUUCCAUUCGUUGAAGUAACAAUUGAGGAGAUUAAUAGAACCGCAUUCAAUUCCAUGAUUGGUCUUAUUGACCGGGAGCGAAUUGAUGAGGCACUAUAUGGUGACUUUGAGACAGCCAAGGCUCGUGAGAAACGGCUUGCCAAAGAAGCUCGUUUUCAAGAAACUCAGGCCAAAAAUGCUGCUCUUGGGAAGAAAGUAAAAGAACCGACUUCUGGAAAGGCCAUCAAGGGUCGAGGUGAGGCCUCAUUUUACAGGGUGACUUGUAAGGAUAAUGGGAGAGGAAUGCCCCAUGAUGAUAUACCAAAUAUGUUUGGACGAGUUUUAUCUGGGACAAAGUAUGGGCUGAAGCAAACACGUGGAAAAUUUGGACUUGGUGCAAAAAUGGCGUUGAUUUGGUCAAAGAUGAGUACAGGAUUACCUAUUGAGAUAUCAUCAUCAAUGAAGAAUCAAAAUUACACUUCAUUCUGCAGGCUGGAUAUAGAUAUUCAUCGAAACAUUCCCCACAUCCAUUUACAUGAAAAGAGAGAUGACAAGGAGCAUUGGCAUGGAGCUGAAAUCCAAGUUGUAAUUGAGGGAAACUGGACAACAUAUCGUUCAAAGAUAUUGCAUUAUAUGCGUCAAAUGGCUGUUAUUACACCGUAUGCCCAAUUCAUGUUUCGAUUUAUAUCAAACACAUCAGAUAAAAAUGUCAGCAUAAGGUUUGCGAGAAGGACAGAUGUAAUGCCUGCAGUUCCUCUUGAAACAAAGUACCAUCCAUCAGCUGUAGACUUGCUACUCAUCAAGCGCCUAAUUGGUGAAACUUCAAAGCUGAACCUUUUGCAAUUUCUUCAGCAUGAAUUUGUUAACAUUGGGAAGUCACAUGCUGAACGAUUAAUCGGAGAAAUGGGUCCGGAUUUCAGCUCCAAAACACCAGUUAAGUCACUGACCUCACAGCAAAUUGUUCGCAUCCAUCAGUUGUUUCGACAAGCCAAGUUUGAUGAUCCUAGUGGUGAUUGUCUUAGUCCUGCAGGAGAGUACAACCUCCGCCUGGGUAUAAUAAAGGAACUCAACCCAGACAUGGUUGCGACAUAUACUGCAAGUGCUCAAGUAUUUGAAGGACACCCAUUCAUUGUGGAAGCUGGAGUUAGUCUGGGAGGAAAAGAUGUCAAACAAGGUUUAAAUAUCUUCCGGUUUGCAAAUCGGAUUCCGCUGCUGUUUGAGCAAGGUGCUGAUGUUGUCACCAGAACCGCGAUGAAGAGAAUCAAUUGGAAUAGUUACAAAAUAAAUCAGACGCAGGAUAAAAUCGGCGUUUUUGUUAGCAUUGUAAGCACAAAAAUCCCCUUUAAAGGGACUGGAAAGGAAUAUAUUGGAGAUGACAUAAGUGAGAUUGCUUCUGCUGUCAAGACUUCCAUUAAACAGUGCUGCACCCAACUAAAGUCAAAAAUCGUGAAGAGAAUCCAGGCUCGUGAGCAGCAAGAGAGGAAAAGAAAUUUAAGCAAGUACAUCGCUGAUGCUACUGGUGCUAUAUAUGGAAUUUUGAAAGAGGCAUCACAGUUGCAUGCAAAUAAGAAGAAACGCCUGGAGAUCAAGGAUGAGGAUGCAGAGCUACUUCAGAAGGUCUCAAGUCGUUUGAUAACAAAAGAAAUCCUGAGUGAAAAGCUUGCUCAGCAUGUUGAGCAGGUGGAUUAUGAAAUGGCAAUGGAAUACGCGACACAAAGUGGAGUGAGAGAAGAACCAAGAGAAGACAUAUACUUACAAUCACUGGAGCCUCAAAUGAACUUCGUGGAUUUCCAUAGUCCCGUCUUUGUCUUCAGGCUCUUCCAGUAGGUAAUCUCCAGAUUAAAUUAACUAGAAUUUAUUUUUAAAGAUUUUUUCCACAUUACUGCAUUGUAUUAAACGAUAAACUACCAAAGCUUGAAUAUAGAUAUAAUCAAUGAGAUUAAACAUCCUA